CAGGUACCACAUGAGGCGGUAGUGUAAUAACCUUUUCAUGCUCUCGUCUCGAUUGUAAACUUGUUUCUCAUCGACUAGCAGGUUUCUCAGCAAUCUGUUCCUGUAGAAAAUUUCAGUUCUCAUUUAUUGAAACGUAUAAAUAAUAAUAACACUGUCCAUGGAGGUGGUAAAAUAUGUGAUUUCUAGGCUGAGAUGGUUAAUGAAUAGUAUAUCAAUAGAAUGUAUUCGCAGGAGGUAAAAAAAAAGAGAGAAAAUUAAAACAGAGAAGCUUGCUAAUUACAUCUGCUUAGAAAAAUGCAAACUUGACUUUAUUGAUUGUAAGGGACAGUAAAGAGACUGCCAGAAAUAGUUCCAGAAUAAGGUGUAGGGGAGAGACGCAUGGAUGAUUUAUUGACCUUUCAGGACUUUUGACAGCCACAUUCAUCCUCCCUUCCUCCUCUUCUCACAUAGGCUCAGUGCUCCUUCGAAGGGUUGUGGACUCACAUCAGUGCAGAGAACGGACUUUAACAGGACACCGGUGUGUGUGGUGUUUGCGUUGUCUUUCAGAUGGAUUCGAAUGUGGAGGCUCUGAUGGAGAGGCUUCGUUCAGCUGUUCAGGAGAGGGGUCUGGCCUGGCUUCGGGAGUGCUUGGAGACGGCUCCAGUUCCAGGGCCUUCAUCUGCACAGGCAGGAUGGCCCACGAGGCAGACACGGCCGCCGCAAGGUCUGAGUCAGAGUGCGUUACCCAGGCUACCAGCAUCCGGAGAGGUGGAUCAGGGCAGUUUGAGGAGCAGCAGGAGUCCUGGCAUGCGGGAGCGGCAGAGAAGUGCAGCUGCGAGUGAGCAGGGAGCCCCUGUUAUGGACAGGAGGCAGCUCCUGGCGGCGAAUGUCAGAACGGCCGCAACGUCACCUACCGCAGGCCUUGGAGGUAGAGAGUCGGUUGCCGGUCAGGCUACACCGGGUGAGUCGGGCACCGGGGGUCCUUUUGUCACAUUUGUGAGGCAGGGGGAAUACUUGGGAGGGGGCUCUCCCACAACUUCUGACCGCUCAGGCAGAGCUGGGACUAGUCUGGGGGUCAGGGACAGCAGUGAGUCUCCACCUGGUAGAGUUGACAGGGAGCUCAUUGGGACAAGUUCCUUACCGAUGGGCAGCUCGCACCGCAUCCAGAAGCGUGAUGUCAGAUCUCCAAUUGUACUGUCACUGGGGGAGACUGGCAGGAAUGUUAAGCGCAGAUCUAGAAGCAGCAGGCGUUCCAGGCACAGGCCCGUAGGCAGACUUGAUAGGGGCCGCAGCGUUGAUAGGGGUUCCUGGGGGGAUCGGCCAGGACGACAGCGGCCUUCCUCUUCUGCUUCAUUCCAGAAAGAUAAGGGGAGUGCUUCCAGGUCCGACAGCGGGAGCUCCCCAGAUAGGAGACACACUCAAGAGUCAGUAGGUUGUGACGGCCAUAAGGGCCAGGAUGACAGGCAAGGCAGGAGGGAUUCAAGGUGGGGAGCUUGCUUGGAGGAUGUGGAUGGCCUGCCCAGUUUCUCUUCUCCUUGCAGGUCUUUGUCAUGUUCUCCCACGGACCAGGCACUGGUCCAGGAAGCAGGUCCCAGAAUGUUAGCGUUUAUUCCUGGGUCCUUGGACGAUGGUGAACAGACUGCAGCCCCACAAUCACUACCCCCUGGAGGUUCAGCUGGUCUGGUCGUCUGGUUGGUGGGCAGCUCAUACAUCCAUUGGGCGCAAAAGAGAGCCACAGUUGCACAUUAUGGAGAACAGCUGAACUUUCCACGGCCUUUGUUACAACUGUGUUGGUUUGGUUUUCAAGGGGUUAGUUGGAGGGAGCUUUCUUCUGAGAUUUUCAGGCUGCUAGGUUCUAGACAGUUACCAGAUUUUCUUUUAAUCCAUGCUGGGGGGAAUGAUUUAGGUAAAGUGCCUCAGAAGGAAUUGGUGAAAUGUAUGAAGAGGGAUCUGGAUAGGAUGAUGGGUCUUGCUCCGAGUGUAGUGAUAAUUUGGUCAGAGAUGGUGCCCCGUUUACGUUGGCGUCAUGCUCGUGAUCCUGUGGCAGUGACCAGGUGUCGAGGGAAGAUUAACAAGAUGUUGUCAAUUUUCGUUAGACGUAUAGGGGGAGUAGUUGUACGGCACUGUACGUUAGAAACCAUGCUUCCUGCUUAUUUUAGGCAUGAUGGGGUGCACCUCUCUGACAUAGGGAACGAUUUCCUUAAUCUGGGUUUUCAGGAAGGCUUGCAGCGCGCAUUGGUUUUGCGGGGUGGGGCGCUCAGAUGAGCCAAGCUCUAAGCUGGGGCAGGGGUGGAUUAGAAAUUGGGGGUAGGUAGGAUUGCUAGCUGGUAUGUUUGAAGUGCAGUAACAAAACUCACAUGGUUUAAUUCGGUAGGUUGGAGCCCAUUGGUGGCUUUCAAACUGGGGGUUUAUGGGGUAUCUCGGUAUCCCCAUACAAUGUUAAAUCCUUUGGAAUAUGA